AUGACCGUUUUGACGUGUCAGGCGUCCAACACUAACCUAACAGUGCCUGCGUCCCAGACCAUCGCCAUCGACCUCAACCUUAAGCCUAAAGAAGUACGAAUACUAACGCCGGUGUACAACAUGUCCGCCGGCGAGCGUCUGGAGCUGGUCUGCCAGUCGAGCGGUUCCCGACCGCCGGCGAAGAUCCAGUGGUGGAAAGGCGGCGCUCUUAUGGAACAUAUCGGCGAAAGUACUUCGGAUGACGGAUCCGUUACCACAAACUUCUUAGCGUUCGUGCCUUCGGUGGACGACAACGGGAAGGCGUUGUCCUGUUCCGCCACUAAUCCCACGUUUCCAGCCUUUAAGCUCGAGGACGGCUGGAAAAUCAAUGUCUUAUACGCACCACUUUUAUCAUUGAUUUUGGGCGCCAGUAUUCAACACCAGGAAAUCCUUGAAGGCAGUGAUGUCUACUUCGAGUGCAAUAUUCAAGCAAACCCGGCCAUCAGUGAACUCGUGUGGCUAUUCAACGACCAGCCGCUCAAUAGUGAGUCGUCACCGGGAGUACAGGUGCGGAACAACUCGUUGCUGAUUCGUUCAGUGAGCAAGGUGCAUCGGGGCAAAUUCCAGUGCCAGGCGGCCAACGCCGAGGGCCGGGGAGAGAGUGAAGUCGCAAACCCGGCCAUCAGUGAACUCGUGUGGCUAUUCAACGACCAGCCGCUCAAUAGUGAAUCGUCACCGGGAGUACAGGUGCGGAACAACUCGUUGCUAAUCCGUUCAGUGAGCAAGGUGCACCGUGGUAAAUUCCAGUGCCAGGCGGCCAACGCCGAGGGCCGGGGAGAGAGUGAAGUCGUAAAUCUCAAAAUUCAUUUGCCUGCAUCUAAAGUGAUCAUCUUUGAUGGCUCUGGCAAUAGGAUCAGUGACAUCGCCGGACCAUUCAAUGAGGACUCUUCCGUCAAUUUGACGUGUGAUUCAGAUGGAGGCAAUCCGCCCCCUGUGGUCAAGUGGUGGAGGGGGUCGACCAUCGCUGACGAGAGCUAUUACACGACACCCAAAGGGUUCAUCAGAAAUGUGAUACAAUUGCCGCGACUGUCUCGGGACGACUUGAUGACCGUUUUGACGUGUCAGGCGUCCAACACUAACCUAACAGUGCCUGCGUCCCAGACCAUCGCCAUCGACCUCAACCUUAAGCCUAAAGAAGUACGAAUAUUAACGCCGGUGUAUAACAUGUCCGCCGGCGAGCGUCUGGAGCUGGUCUGCCAGUCGAGCGGUUCCCGACCGCCGGCGAAGAUCCAGUGGUGGAAAGGCGGCGCUCUUAUGGAACAUAUCGGCGAAAGUACUUCGGACGACGGAUCCGUUACCACAAACUUCUUAGCGUUCGUGCCUUCGGUGGACGACAACGGGAAGGCGUUGUCCUGUUCCGCCACUAAUCCCACGUUUCCAGCCUUUAAGCUCGAAGACGGCUGGAAAAUCAAUGUCUUAUACGCACCACUUUUAUCAUUGAUUUUGGGCGCCAGUAUUCAACACCAGGAAAUCCUUGAAGGCAGUGAUGUCUACUUCGAGUGCAAUAUUCAA